GGGGUCGGUUACUUCUUCUUCUUCUUCGUUUCUCUCUCUUUCUCUUUCUCUCUCUAUAUAUGUAUGUAGGUAGGUGUAGCUGACCUCGAUUCAGUUAUCGUUUUCGGAGUGUCCGAGCCUCUGCGUUCAGUUCAAAUGAGAUGGCGUCUUCACAAAAUGUUGAGUUGGAGGCAGCAAAGUUUCUGCAUAAACUCAUUCAAGAUUCAAAAGAUGAGCCAGCCAAGUUGGCUACUAAACUCUAUGUGAUACUACAACAUAUGAAAUCAAGUGGGAAGGAACAUUCAAUGCCAUAUCAAGUGAUAUCAAGGGCAAUGGAGACUGUCAUAAACCAACAUGGUCUUGAUAUUGAAGCAUUGAAGUCAUCACGCCUUCCUUUGACCGGUGGUCCUCAAAUGGGAUCUUCUUCGCAGGCAGUGGGUGUUGCAAAGGAUUCCAGAGUGGGUUUGGCUGAAAAUGAGAUGUCCAAAAUGGACCCCUUUGUUUCUGGCCGGCCACCAGUUGCCCCAAGUGGUGGAGCACCUGAUUAUUAUCAAGGAUCCGUGGCUCAGAGGAGUAGUCAGUCUUUUGAUCAAGGAAGUCCAUCUAGUUUGGAUUCUAGGUCUGCUAACUCUCAGUCACAAGAUAGACGUGAUAAUUCGAAUUGGGACAAACAGGUGAAUAAAAAGGAUGGUAAGAAAGCUACCACAAAGAGAAAGAGGGGAGAUACAUCAUCACCUGUGGAACUGCAUGUUGACAGUCCUUCUCAACUGGAUGCUCGCAAUACUUUUGUUAAUUCAAGGAAGGGUAAAAUUACCAAGGCGGAACCAUCAGAUGGUCUUCCAGUUAAAAGUGGUGAACUGACCAACUUUAAUGUGGUUCCAAGUAACAGUCAAAUGGAGAAUAUUUCGACAUUGUCUGGCAGCAUGAGAUCAAUGCUCAGGACAAACCAAGAAGGUCAUCAUUUAUUGGCAAAGCAAGCUGAUUUGACAAAGAUUGGCAAUCCAAUGGUGCGAGCUGCAAAUACAAAGUAUCCAGAAGACAUGGAAGUUUCCUCUGCACACAUUGCUCCAGGAAAGCAGCAAGGUGGUUCCUUACCUUCUACCCAUGAGAUUAGAGGUGUAUGGAAUCAAAAUAAAGCUGGAUUACCUUUUGAAAAAUCUCAGUUCCCCCAGUUUACUUCUAAUGUUGUUCCUGGUAAUAUGAUGGCAGAAAUUCCAAUGCAGCAGUUAAUACCUCCAUCCCUUGGCUCAAGUGCUUAUGCUAAGGCUCAUGAAGGGAUGGAGGUUCCUGCUAGUGCAUCUCUGACAAGUUCAAUGCAAUGUGGUGGUGCGCUUGAGCGUGAUGGGGGAAGUUCGACUACUUCAGCUGAUGGACAGAAAAUAGCUCAGAUUGGGAGGCAAAAUAGCAGCUCAGACAUGACUAUGCUUAGACAAGGUGUUCCUCCUAGAGAUACAGGAAAAUCCACUGUUUCUGCUGCGCCUGCGUCAUCUGCCAUGCCAUUCAAAGAACAACAGUUAAAACAGCUUCGAGCUCAGUGCCUUGUUUUCCUAGCAUUUAGAAAUGGUUUAGUGCCAAAGCAACUACAUCUUGAAAUUGCUCUUGGAGCCGCCUUUUCUAGAGAAGGUGACUGAUGUUUAUUUUUUAUUUAACAUAUUAAAGAUCUUCGCUGACUAACUAGUGAGCAAUGUGAUAGUAAUACAAAUGGUUCUUGCAAAGAGCUUAUUGAUGAUAAAGUAAAAUCACAAUCUUUUAAUGAACCAGGUAGCACAUCUGGGGUCAUGACACCAUUUGGAGGUCCGAGCAAUGUGAGGCAGACUGAUAAAAACCCUUCUGGGUCCUCUUCUGCCGGAAAAAUUCUGGAGGCUGACUCUUUGUCAAAGGGAACUGAGAGCCCGAGAAUGAUAGAGGACAAAGGUAACCUACAUUCUGACAUCCAUAUACUUUCAGAAGAAAGGAAACAUCUAGCCACAAAAAAAGGAGAUGUUGAAAGACAAAUUCAAGAGAGAAUGGCUGCACAAGCUUCUUCAGCCACUUCAUGUCAGCAGCAAGAUUCUUCAAGUACAAGGGGUGCUGUACUUGUUAAUGAUCAUUUGGGUGAUGAUGACAAUGGUAAUCUGCAGGCCGAAAGGUCUAACCAACCUUCUGUUGUAGGCACAAAUAGCUGGACGGGAUUUGCUGGUCAAAAUAUUGCUUCAAAGGGACCUCCACAGAUCUCUACUAUUCAGCAUGAGGUGCCUGUAGAGAGAAAAGAGAAUAUUCCUAGUCAAUUUCAUAAUGUUGGUAAGAAUUGUGGUUCCCGGAAUCACAAUCCUGUUAAUCACAUGACUUCUUAUUCUUUAAAAGAGCACUGGAAACCUGUUCCAGGGACUGACAGUGAUCCUCAUGGAGCAAGCAUGAUGAAGGAUGGAAAUAUAAUGACAAAACAUGUUUCUCCAGAUGGGUUUAAAACAGGCCCGAUUGAUGAUACAUCAAAGCGUGGCAUCUCUUUUGCUACAGAGCAAGGGAAUGAGAUGUUGGUAUCAGCUGAUUUGCCACCUUCUCCAAAAUAUACGAUGUCAGAGAGAUGGAUUAUGGAUCAGCAUAAAAAAAGGCUUCUACUUGAGCAAAAUUGGGUGCAUAAACAGCAGAAAACAAAGCAAAGAAUGGCUAUAUGUUUUCACAAGUUAAAGGAAAGUGUGAGUUCAUCUGAAGAUAUCUCUGCCAAAACAAAAAGUGUCAUAGAGUUAAAAAAACUUCAACUAUUGGAGCUGCAACGUCGACUCCGGAGUGAUUUUCUGAAUGAUUUUUUCAAACCGAUUACAACUGAGAUGGAACAUCUGAAAUCAAUUAAGAAACACAGGCAUGGUAGGAGGGUCAAACAACUUGAAAAGUUUGAGCAGAAAAUGAAGGAAGAGCGUCAGAAACGGAUUCGUGAGAGGCAGAAGGAGUUUUUCGGUGAGAUAGAAGUUCACAAAGAAAAACUUGAUGAUGUAUUCAAAAUCAAGAAGGAAAGGUGGAAGGGUUUCAAUAGAUAUGUGAAGGAGUUCCAUAAAAGAAAAGAACGUAUUCAUCGUGAGAAGAUUGAUAGAAUCCAGCGGGAAAAGAUUAAUUUACUGAAAAUAAACGAUGUGGAGGGCUAUCUUCGAAUGGUGCAGGAUGCAAAAUCAGAUCGUGUAAAGCAACUUCUUAAAGAGACUGAGAAGUAUCUUCAAAAGCUUGGAUCCAAGCUACAGGAAGCAAAGACUGCAGCAGGACGUUUUGGGCAUGAUGUUGAUGAGACAGGAACUAGUAAUUUUCUUGAGAAUAGUGAAACAACUUUAGAAAAUGAGGAUGAAAGUGAUCAGGCGAAGCACUAUAUGGAAAGCAAUGAGAAGUAUUAUAUGAUGGCCCACAGCAUAAAGGAGAGCAUUUCAGAGCAGCCAUCUUGUUUGCAUGGCGGAAAAUUGAGGGAAUAUCAAAUGAAUGGUCUGAGGUGGCUGGUUUCCCUAUACAACAAUCAUUUGAAUGGAAUCCUUGCUGAUGAAAUGGGACUUGGUAAAACGGUUCAGGUAAUUUCUCUAAUUUGCUACCUGAUGGAAACAAAAAAUGAUAGAGGACCCUUUCUUGUGGUCGUGCCCUCUUCAGUUCUACCUGGUUGGGAGUCAGAGAUAAACUUUUGGGCUACUGGUGUUAAUAAAAUUGUCUAUGCUGGACCACCAGAGGAGAGGCGUCGGUUAUUCAAGGAAAGGAUUGUUCACCAGAAAUUUAAUGUCCUUUUGACUACGUAUGAAUAUCUGAUGAACAAGCAUGAUAGACCGAAGCUGAGCAAAAUACAUUGGCACUAUAUAAUAAUUGAUGAAGGCCACCGCAUAAAGAAUGCAUCUUGCAAAUUGAAUGCUGAAUUGAAACACUAUCAGAGCUCUCACAGAUUGCUGUUAACUGGAACACCAUUGCAGAACAAUCUUGAAGAGCUAUGGGCACUGCUUAACUUUUUGUUACCAAACAUAUUCAAUUCUUCGGAGGACUUCUCUCAAUGGUUUAACAAGCCCUUUGAGAGUACUGGAGAUAACUCACCCGAUGAAGCUUUACUGUCUGAGGAGGAGAAUCUCUUGAUCAUAAAUCGUCUGCACCAAGUUCUGAGGCCAUUUGUACUGCGGAGGCUGAAGCACAAGGUUGAAAAUCAGCUGCCGGAGAAGAUUGAGAGACUUGUAAGAUGUGAAGCUUCUUCUUAUCAAAAACUUUUGAUGAAGAGGGUGGAAGAAAAUCUCGGUUCUAUUGGCUCUUCAAGGGCUCGAUCAGUACACAACUCUGUCAUGGAGCUUCGCAAUAUAUGCAAUCAUCCAUAUCUCAGCCAGCUUCAUGCAGAGGAGGUGGAUAACUAUAUACCUAAGCAUUAUCUACCACCCAUUAUUAGACUUUGUGGCAAGCUUGAGAUGUUGGAUCGUUUAUUACCUAAAUUGAAGGCAACAGAUCACCGGGUUCUUUUCUUUUCGACAAUGACUAGGCUUCUGGAUGUUAUGGAGGAAUACUUAACCUUAAAACAAUAUCGGUACCUCCGAUUGGAUGGGCAUACAUCAGGAAGUGAUCGUGGUGCCCUAAUUGAACUAUUUAACAAACCUGGUUCACCAUAUUUUAUUUUCUUACUCAGCAUUCGAGCUGGUGGUGUUGGAGUGAAUCUUCAAGCUGCGGAUACAGUGAUCUUGUUUGACACUGACUGGAAUCCACAGGUUGAUCUGCAAGCCCAGGCAAGGGCUCAUAGAAUUGGUCAAAAGAGGGAAGUUCUGGUUCUUCGCUUCGAAACAGUUCAAACUGUUGAAGAACAAGUCAGAGCUUCAGCUGAGCACAAACUUGGGGUUGCUAAUCAGAGCAUUACUGCUGGUUUUUUUGACAAUAAUACAAGUGCUGAAGAUCGAAGAGAAUACUUGGAAUCCCUCCUGCGUGAGUGUAAGAAAGAAGAAGCUGCACCUGUCUUGGAUGAUGAUGCUCUAAAUGAUAUCUUAGCCCGCAGUGAAACAGAGUUAGAUGUGUUUGAGGCUGUUGACAAAAAAAGGAAGGAAGAUGAGUUGGCUACUUGGAAGAAAUUGGUGCUUGGACAGGCAAAUGAUGGCACCGAUCUCAUUCCUCCCCUUCCUUCUCGUCUUGUCACUGAUGAUGACCUGAAACUUUUUUAUGAAGCAAUGAAGAUAUCUGAUGUGCCUAAGGGUGAGGUAGAAUCUAAUGGUGUAAAGCGAAAGAGCGGAUAUCUUGGGGGCCUUGAUACUCAACAUUAUGGCAGAGGAAAACGUGCGAGAGAGGUACGUUCGUAUGAAGAACAAUGGACAGAGGAGGAGUUUGAGAAGUUGUGUCAGGUUGAAUCUCCAGAUUCACCCAAAGGAAAAGCAGUGGCAGAAAUUAGUUAUCCAACCAAUACUUCCAGUUCUGUUGUACCUACUUCUAGCACACAACCUGCAGCUGUGCCUCCUGUGGCCCCAAUAUUGCCAUCUGUGGCCCCAAUAUUGCCAUCUGUGGCCUCAAUAUUGCCAUCUGUGGCCCCAAUAUUGCCAUCUGUGGAGAGUUUGCCAGUGCAGCAAGUCAAAGAGAUAACCCCCCCAGCCAAACGUGGCCGCGGAAGGCCAAAAAGAAUAACUUCAGAUAAGUCAACGGCUGUGUUGGUUCCUCCUCUAACUUCUGGAACUGCUGAAGUGAGCAUGCAGCUACAGAGAGAAAUUGGGUCUGGACAUUUAACAUCAACUCCUGAUUCUAUUGCUCAAUCUGCUGAAGUUAUAGGUGUGAGUGGACCUAUGCAGCUGUCUGAUACAGGAGUUCCUAACACAGAGCCUGCCAUCCCAUUGCCUUCUAUUCAACCUAAUUCUCAGUCAACUGCUUCUUCUGUUUCUGUACCUAUUCAAGCAAGAGGACAAGGGCGAAAAACUCAUAGUGGUGGAGAAGGGACUAGACGUAGAGGGAAGAAGCAGGUCAUGAUUUCAUCUCCUAUCGCUGGUGGUUCUGUUGGUCCUGAUUUAAAGAUGAAUGAGCAAUUAGAAGAUAAAUUAGUGAGUCCAUCUUCUAGUCAAGCACACUCUCAGAGUGAAUCUGUUACUGGCUUUGCUGCAGCACACCAUCCAACUACCAUUUCAGGCUCUUCUUCUUUAAGCAGUGGGAAGGAUCAUUUGAGUGUUGGGACUGCUUUGAAUUCUCAGCUACCCGAUCCUACGGCCUCUAUUAUUACCUUGGCUCAAACUGCCCCCACUUAUCCGUCCGUACAGAUGCAAAGUAAGGGGCAAAGUCAGAAGUCACAAAAUGGAGCAGGAGCUCCCCGGCGUAGGGGGAAGAAACAGCCAACAAUAUCACCUCCUGUUCCAGAUGUUUUAGGUCAUCAGGAUUUGUGUCAAAGUUCUAAUCUAAUGAUUUCAUCAGGCAGUAUAUCAGGUGACAAAGUUACCGACUUAAAAAGCUUGCAAGUGAACAAUGUUCAAGAAUCAAAAUGUGUUAUCCAGGACCAAGCAUCGCAGAGUCUAGGUAACCAGGAUUUAAAAUCAGUGGAAGGAUCAGAUGAUCUAGCCAAGCAGACAGUGAUCUUGUCUUCGUCACAAGAUAGUACAAUCAAGUCCCCAGGGCAUGAUUUAGAGAAGGUUAAGAAUCCUGAUGUUCACGAUUCUUCUGUGAAGGUUAAAUCUUCUGAAAUAAUCUCAUCGAAGAUUGAAGUUUGUGAUAAUUCUUGUAAUGAAAAUUUAUUUGUCCCAACUGUACCUGUUACAGAGGUAACAAUAGACCAACAGACAGUUGGAAAAACACAUCAAGCUGUCCAUGCUUCAAAAACUUUCCCUUCAAUUGUUGGUACUCCAAGUAAUUCCUUGGCUGGUAGCACAACUACAGAAAGCAUUAGUACAGCUAUAGAUCCUGCGACUGCAAAGAUUGUUCCCAGUGCACUAAGCACAGUUUAUCCUUCCACACCAGGCUCUGAGUCUACUCGUCCAGGCUCAUUUGAAUCCAUGCCAGCCAAAAGGCAAGGUCGUAAAGCUCAAAAUAGAGUGGAGCCACCACGCCGUAGGGGGAAAAAAUCUGCUUCCAUGUUACCUGUUGUUCCUGAUGCUCUUACUGGUCAGGAUCCUAAAUUAAGUCAUCAUGCCCAGAACUCAUCAGGAGAUUCAUUGGCAGGUAGAACUACUACGAAUGUUACUCAAACUCAACCAUUUGAGAUCCUUUUGCCCAGUGGAGUAGCUAGUCAUGAUUCAAAAAGAAAAGAGAGAGCCACCAAUUCUACCCAAAAUAAGCAGCAGAAAGUUGCAUCAACAAAGAUUGACAGUGCACCUGUAUCCUCGGACAAGAUUGCUGCUUUUGGCCGAAUUCAUAAUGUCAAUGAUGUUGCACGGGUGAUGAAGGAAGUUUUCUCUGGAACUUGCUUGCCAAAGCCUAAAGCACAUGAUUCUGUUGGGAGUGAAGAUAGGAAUACUGCACCUUUUGUACAUGUAAUGACUAAAGCUACAGUGGAUGCCUCCAAUAACCAGAGUUUGGAGGAUAAUGCGUGUUCUGAUACAGCAACUACUAAAGCAACAUGUUUGGAUGUUGCAGUUGAUGAUCAUGAAAAACAACCAGAGGAGGCACCCAAUAUGCAGAAGCUUGAGGGUAAAGCAAGUUUAGAUACGCCAAUUAUUGGAGCAAUGAGCCUGACAUCUGCCACUCCUGUGAAUGGGAAGGAGCAACAAUCUACCAUUGCAUCUGAUAAAAAAAUAACUCCUUUGAAUGAGACCCUGCCUAAUGUCAGUGUGCUUGAAAUUAGUGAUUCUGGUGAUGUUAAAGAAAAGGUUGAACAGACACAACAUUGCAGUGAACGCUCAACUAAUCAGGGUAAAAUGGAGGAUCUUCAUGUAACUCCUCUUAAUACUACCCAAGAGACUGAUGGUUCUUCUGAGAGGCUUCCUACUGGUUGUGACCUCACUGAUUUAAAUAUAGAGACUUCUACCCAUCAGAUGUACCCAUCCGUGGUUUUCCCUGGUGCUGAGCCUCUGGUGGUAAUUGAUCAUAAUCUUGGAAACCAAUCUGACUCUUUAGAGAAUUGUUCAAGAUCUCCUCCACUUCAUAUUGGUGGCACAGUAUGCCCAGCAACUAUAUUGGAACCAGAAAAUGUUUGUAAUAAUCCUGAAUCUAGUCAGGCUGAUACUUGCAAUCAGAUUCAUUCAUCCACAAACGAACCUCCUGAUAUAACAGAGCAUACUUCUAAUGAAAUAUUGGAGCCUUCCGGACUGUCUUCAAAAUCUUCAUCUCUUGUUUGUGGUGACAGCUCUGAGUUAUUGGUUCAGGCUGGAAAUUUGGGCGAUCAACCACAAAUGACCCCAUCUAGUCCUGCAUCAGGUCCUCAUUCAAGAACAAUGGUAGUUUCUAGUAUUUCUGAACACGCUGAAAUUAAUUCUAGAAGUGAAACUGAGUCUUCUUUACAAGCUUCCGCUGAACUCGCUCUUUAUAAGGGGAAUUUUGGGUAUGGAAAUUCUGCAUUAGUGGACCACAAUAGAGAUAAUACUGUGGAGUCUCCAAACUUGAGCUUGGAUGCUGCUUCUCAUUUGCUUGAGACUGAGAGUCAGACUACAUUUGGAAAUCAUUGCCAAAAUGAAUUAGGACCCUCCAUAAAACAGUGUUCAGAGUCAGCUUCUGAAAUGGAAGGCCCUGGGAGCUCCAAAGAUGUUCUAUCUCAGAAGGAUCCAGAUGCAUUGGAACCUGCUGAUUUGCAUGAGACUCCAUUGGUUGAGAGCUGCUCAGAAUCCCUAUGUGAGGAAAGAAGGGAUGAAGAAUUUGCUGCUAAACCUAUUAAUAUUGAACCUGUUCCCGAAGAAAAUGUAAUAUUACCCACUCCCAUUGGCAAUCCAAAAGCUGAUUUAUCUGUGGCUUGCCAUAUGGAAAUGGACACAUCUGACAGUAACAAAAUGACGUUCCUGCAUGUUGAUGAGAUUGUGACCAAAAAUACAUCAUCGAACAUAAAUCUGUCUUGUUCUGCAGCAAUUGAGGAACAAAUUAUAGAUACUCACUCCUACAAGGAUCCUGUUGAUAGGUUAGUGUUGCCACAAGCUUCUCGUUUGGAAGCUGUAGUAGAUGAUUUAGUGGGUGUUUCUGCAGUAGGUAGUAUAGUAGAAGCAACUGAAACUGCAGUUCUGCCGCCAUCAACCUCGGUAAAAGGGCAAAAUGGGGACUCAUCUGUAACAUGUUUAGUUAGGAGUUCAGAACCACCGGAAGAUUCAAUGGAGAAGGGCAUGGCUAGCAACUGUGGAAUCCGGGAGGAAGCAAAAGUUGGUCAAGUGGAAACUGAUGUUGAAAUGGAUUCAUCCAUUAAUCAGAUUUUGCAUGUAAAUUGUGAGGAUUUGCAAGAAAACGUGGAUUUACCCUCCUGUUCGAUGACAAAGGAAGAAAACAUAGAAAGCUUAUCCACAAGGGGCCUAUCUAUCAGUUCAUCUUCAUCAGGUGAAUUGAAGGAUUCUAAAAUUGAGCUGGUUGAUAAAUGUAUGUCUCAGGUUGGUGAUUCUCGUGUCGGGUCUGGAGAUAAUACAUCAAAGAGCUUGGUUUUACCUUCAUCUCCUUUGGUGAGGAAGGAAGAAGGGAUCAGUUGUACAUCUGAUAUGGAUGGUUUACAAAGCUCCUCAAUGUCUCCGAGGGUACCAGUGCGCUCUGAUGAUGCAUUUGGUAAAUUGGAUGUUCCUCAAGUUGAUCAGAUGAUAUCCGUCCCAGAUACUGUCCAGCCUUCGUUGUCCCAAGUGAAAGAGGAAGAAAAAAUUGGGGUAUCAUCUGACAGGAAAUUAGGUUCGAGGUCUGUACCCCCGAAUGACAUGGAAGGAUCCAAUGCAGAACAGAGUAACUGUUCUGAUAGAUUGCAAUCUGGUUAUAUUUUGCCAGAAAAUACAGAGUUGGAAAUCAAUAAAAUGGCUUCAAAUUCUCCAAUGACUGUCAGCCACUCUCUGGAGGGUGAAGUUUCCUCAGUAAAAGGAAAAAAAUCAGAAGUUGAAAUUAGUAAUCAAAUGGAUGCUUCUCAGGUUUCUGAGGAUGAUCUAACAAGGCUUAGUCCCAAAAACAUGGAUGAACCUUCUUCUUGCUUGCUGGUGGGGGAAGAUAAUGUUGAUGUGUUACCUGACAGGGACCCCCUCUGCAGUCCCCUAGCUGUGGGUGAACCAAGAGACCCUUUGAUUCUAGAGGAGAGUUGCAUGGACAACACCAAGGGAACCUUUGCAAAUUCAUCACCACAACAGAAAUCAGAAUGUUCGGAAGCUGAGAUGGUUGAUCAAAUGAAGUCAUGUGAUGUUGACAGGGUUGAUCCUGGACUUACAUCCAAAAACGUGGAAUCAUCUUCUUCUUUGGUGAUGGAGCAAGAUAAAGAUGAUGUAUCAUGUGAUGGUAAUUUCUGCAACCCACUGGCUGCUACGGAACCAAAAUAUUGUUUGACAGGAGAGAAUCCUAGGGAUGCUAAUAAGGAGUCAAAUCCUUCAGAAACCGAGAUUGGUAAUCAAAUGGAGGCAUCUGUUAUUGCUGGGGUUAAUACUGAAAGGCUUUCAUUAAGAAACAUCGAUGUACCUUCAUCUUCCUUGAUGAUGGAGGAAAAUAACAUUGAGGUGUCAUCUGAUAAGGGUCCACUGAGCAGUGUGCUAGCCCUAGGGGAGCCGAAUUUUUGUUUGACUGGAGAGGGGAGUUGUAGAGAUGCCACUGGUGGUCCUGCUACAAAUCCAGUUGUGCUACCGGAAUCAAAUAAUUCUGAAGCUGAGAUGGGUAAUCCAGGCGAGUCACAGGUUGGUGGGAUAUCUGUAGAUGAUGAGUCCGAAUAUUUCGAUGUUUCUGUCACAGCAUCGGAGGGAAAAAAUGAGGUGGAGAACUUGUCUGAUGAAGGUUCACAAGGAAUCUUUCUGUUGCAAGAUGCUUCAAGAGAAGCUGACGUUGAGGAUCUGGCAGAUAUUACUGAGAGAUGUGCGGCUAAGAUGGCAAAUGUCUCUCAAGUCUCAAGUUCCUCAGUAUCAGUUGAAAAUGUGGAAGGCUUAUCUGAGAAAUGUAUAGUUGGCAGUGCACCAAGAAUGCAGGGAUCAGAAAAAACUGAAGUUGUUAUAGGAGAUGGGAUGGAUGUUAUGCCAGGUUGUUUAGCCGUGCCAGAAACUGCAUCAAUUGGUGGGGUUUCAGCAGCAGGGAGUGAACAUAUGGAGAGCUUGUCUGAGAAGGAUUUAGUUGACAACUCUCUUGUAAAAUUUGACACCAAAGAAUCUGAAGUUAGUGUUAGUAACCAGGAAAAUCAAGAAGUGCAAGAAAAUGCAUUGAAAGACAUUGAAAAAUCCCCUCCUUCAGCAGCAUAGGGUUCCUCUGAGAAGGGUUUGACUGCAUACUCAGAAAUACAGCAGGAAUCAAAAGAAAGUGAAGUUGAGGAUGGAAGGAACAUUGUUCAAGACUCGGAGAAUGUGAAUGUAAAGGCACCUGAAAAGAGCUUGUCUGAGAAAGAGUCGGGUGAGAGCUCAGUGGCUGGAGCAGCUGAAGAGCCUGCAACUAAAUAAUGAAAUCUGUCCCUGUUUAUAUUAUAUAUUAUAUGUAGGAGUUUCAUUUGUACAUAUAUGUCGUAAUUUUCCUUAUAAAUCCAACUAGUUCUCGUAUUACUUGAUAUUGGGAUAUUGAUCCAACGUCUAAUUAUCAGUUAUUGUUGCUGCUAUCUGACUUUUUGGCUGAAACGGGAACACAGCAUAUCUAUUUG